UUGCAAUACUGAAUCAGCCGGGAAACAGCUGAUACCGAUAGCUUUCUAUCGAUUAUUUUCUCCUUUCUCAUCACUGACAACUAAGAUUUUGCAAGUAAUUUCUUAUGAUUUAGAAUAAAAUAAAUGACACGCGACGAAGACAAUGGUUUUGGAGAAUGGGGCGGCUACUUCGAGGCCAAAAAGUCCAAAUUGGAGGAGCAGUUCGCCGCCGCCAGCGAUCCAUUUCGCAAGUCAGACUUGUUUCAGGGAAUCUCGAUAUUUGUGAAUGGCCGCACUGACCCGUCGGCGGAUGAGCUGAAGCGCAUAAUGAUGGUGCACGGUGGAACCUAUCACCACUACGAGCGGUCGCACACAACCUACACAAUCGCCUCCACUCUGCCGGACGUCAAGGUGCGGAACAUGAAUCUCAGUAAGUUCAUUAGUGCCAAGUGGGUGGUGGACUGUCUGGCGCAGAAUAAGAUUGUGGACUACAAGCCCUAUUUGCUGUUCACUAACCAGAAAACCUCACAGCCGGGGAUUAACUUUGCAAAUGUAAAAAAUCGCAGUGUAAAUGAGACCAAAAAGGAGGCAAAGCCUCCGAAGGAAGAUAUGGAAGUUGAUCUAUUCGACGUUCUCGAGGAGCUGCAGCAGGCUGUGUUUACCUCGCCGGAGAAAAAAGCCGAGAUCAGCAGUUUGUCCGAGACCAAUCAGUCUAUCAACAAUCUGUCCAGCACGUCGUCGAACUCGAAUCACGCGCGCACCGCCUCCGAUCCGCGUUUUCUAUCUGAAUUCUACAAGAACUCCCGACUGCACCACAUCGCCACUCUGGGAGCUGGCUUCAAGCAGUAUGUCUGCGAGCUACGACAGGCCAAUGCCAACAAAGGCUUUCCCAUGCGGGCGGAACUGAAAUAUCUAAAGAAAUCCACCGAUAGCUGUGAAUUCCGCUAUGUAAUGCACAUCGAUAUGGACUGCUUUUUCGUUUCCGUGGGCCUGAGGUCCCGUCCGGAACUCCGUGGCCUGCCGGUGGCGGUGACCCACUCCAAAGGCGGCAGUGGAGCCACCGAUGUGCCCGUGCAUCCGCAGGCGGACAGACAACUGGAGCAGGAACUCUUUGCGCAGCGCUUCGAGCAUCGCAUGCACGACGACACCAAGGUGGACAAGGUGCGUUCGGGGUUCGACAAGAAGAUGUCGCUUUCGGAAUUAGCCUCGUGCAGCUACGAGGCCCGGGACAAGGGCAUCCGCAACGGUAUGUUUGUAGGACAAGCUCUGAAGCUCUGUCCGGAGCUAAAGACGAUUCCCUACGACUUUGACGGCUACAGGGAGGUGGCCUACACGCUGUACGAUACGGUGGCCCAGUACACCUUGAACAUUGAGGCUGUGAGCUGCGACGAGAUGUUCGUCGAGCUGACCGAUAUGGUAAGCGAACUAAAAGUGGACGUCAUAGCUUUCGUGGAGCACCUCAGACAGGAGGUUCGCACCAAGACGGGAUGUCCCUGUUCGGCCGGAGUGGGACCAAAUAAGCUACUGGCCCGCCUGGCCACCAAAAAGGCCAAGCCGAAUGGUCAGCACUUGCUGUCAUCUAACCAGGAUUUCAUGACCUACAUGGCCCCCAUGGCAUUGGAAUCCCUGCCUGGGGUGGGCAGCAGUAUGAGCCACAAACUCAAGCAGGCUGGCAUGACCAACUGUGGCGAUGUGCAGCAAACGUCGCUGGUGAAGCUGGGGAUGCUGCUGGGCAGGAAGGUGGCACUGAAUUUACACAACAAUUGCCGGGGCAUCGAUCCACGUCCCUUGGUUUAUGAGCAGGCUCGCAAAACCGUUUCCGCCGAGAUGAACUUUGGCAUACGCUUCAGCAAGGUCAUCGAGUGCGAGCAAUUCCUUCGGCAGCUCAGCGACGAAGUCACCAAGCGUCUGAUCGAGGUGAAGCGGAAGACCAAGUCCAUUAAUCUGAAGAUUAUGGUCCGUGCUGCCGAAGCGCCUGUAGAGACCUCCAAGUACAUGGGCCAUGGCGUGUGCGAUAUCAUUAACAAGUCGUCGAACCUCAAGCAUGCCACCGAUGAUAUUAAUGUGAUUACCACUAUGGUCCUCAACCUGAUGAAGGAAGCCGAUCUGCCGGUCCACGAGCUGCGCGGCCUUGGCAUACAUCUGACCAAGCUCGAGGAUGUCGCCGAGGUGAAGAAGGAGAACGUCCUCAAGGAAAUGUUUAUGAAGAUCACCGAGAAGCGAACAAGGGACCCAAUUGAGCCUCCAAAGAAAAAGCCAGCGCCUGAAAUAACAAUGCCCGAGGUCAAGAUUAAGCAACCAAGGAUUGUGCUAGAAAUGUUGAAGACUGCAGCAGAGGCUCAGAAACCAUUGAUUGCGGUCCAAGAAGAGAACACUGGCUCUAAUGGUGGGCAACCAACACCGAACGCUGAAGUAGGACCAGGAGGAAUCGAUCCGGAUUUUUUGGCAGAAUUGCCGGAUGAUUUACGCCGUGAGCUGCUCAACAAUGCGCAUGAACAUCUACUCAUGGAGAAGGAAAAUAAAUUCGUUGUUCCAUCGGAUAAUGAGACGCGACCGCCGCCACCUUGUAUUGCAAAAAGGCCAUUAACGAGCACUAGUCCCUUAAAUGCCAGCGAUCUUCAGCCCUCGACUUCCAGGGCAGGCCAGGCUCGCUUGGCAAAAAAAGCAGCUGCCCGCGCAAAGAACGAGAACUGUCGCUCGGACCAGAUUGUGGAGGAUUACAUCAAUGAGCUUCCCAACCAUACGCAUCCUGCCCUUUUGCAGUACAUCAACAGGUCCCCGGAAGAGGUGCCCACGCGGAAGAAGCUGAAGCUGGGCGACUACCAUCCUGCCAUUCCGUCCAAAAAGGAGGUGGGGUCCACCAUUCUGGAGGGGGAUUUCAAGAAUGUGCUUAACGGCUGGGUCAGCAACGUGGAUGUGCCUCUGCCGGCGGACGUGAAUAUUAUUUACACGCAGAUGUGCCAUCUGUUAAAGGCUGACAAAUUGAACCUGAUGUACGAUGUGAUGAGACACUUGUGCCGCCUCAUCAACGCCAAACGCGGUAGCUCCUGUCAUUGGCACUUGGCUUACAAUCACAUCGAGAUGUGUAUCCAGGACAUGAUGAUGGAGCUGCAUGGUUACCACAUGCACUUGACCGAGACCAUUCGCUGCGCCAAGUGCAAUGUGUUCUAAAGGUAAUUUGAAUGGAUAUGUGAUACAUUGCUGAUUGGUAGGAUAUCUGAUCUGAUAUUCAUACUGAACCUUUUUAAUUUGAUCAAUUUAAUUGAUCAUUUAUGAUGAAGAUUUCAAAGAAUUGGAAAAUCCAAAGAAAGUGCCUUGCCCUUUGCAUGAAUUUAUUAUAAUUACUAUUAUUUCUCAGACUGAAAACAACUAAGAGGCUACAAGUUAACUGAUUUCAUUCAGUAUUAAAGAAUGUAAAGUUUAUUUUUAACUGAAACAAUUUAAUUGAAAAAAAAACGAGUAAUUCCAAAAGUGUAUACUUAAAAACAAGUAUUUGGUUAAAUGAAACCUGUAAACAACAUGAUUAAAAGCAAAUAUCUGCCAUCUGGCCAGAAGAACAGCUAAUUGAUAAUUUGAAGAAUAUGCAUUUCAAGUAAAGUCAUAUAUUUUUGCAAAA